AUGCUUCUUGCUGCCGAUGGUGUCGACUUGGAGCAGAAGGACCGACGUGGUCAAACACCUUGCGCACGAACAGCAACCAAUGGACAUACAGCUGUGGUGCAAAUCUUGCAGUCAGCAAUUAGGACUGAUAAUGCCUUUACCCGUCACGGCUACACCCAGCCGGAACACCGUUUAGAUGCGUUGAACUCAGCGCAAUUUCAGCCUUUACCCGGAAAUCUAGCUAGUGAGGCCUUUCCUUUACCGAAUCCAGCAGCUACCAUCAUUGAAGACCCGUCACUUGCGUAUUGGCUUCCUGAGUAG